AUGUACGAUCCGGACACCCAACGCAGCGUACUUAAUGACUUCGACCUCGCAGUCGUUCGCGAAGGAUCUGAAGAAGAGCGUGAGCCUGCUGGGAAAAUGCGCACGGGGACCGUCCCCUUCAUGGCGUUAGAUCUCCUGAUGCCGGGCUACUAUGGCGGCAAGAUCGCCCGCCUGUACCGCCACGACCUCGAGUCGUUCGUGUGGGUGCUCCCCUUCGUCCUCUUGCGCAAUUACAGCCCCGACCAAGAUGCCCAGCUGGACACUUGA